AUGACUGCACCGACCGGAGCCCAAGAUGCUGUCCUCAAGCCCUCCGAUCCCGUACCUGAAGGCGCCGUGCCUGUAGUUGGACUCGACUUCGACAAAUUCGCCAACCGCAAUAUCACCGUAGCUGAGAUGGUAGAGAGUAUGACGAACAUGGGGUUUCAAGCAACAUCGGUCGGACAAGCAACACAGAUCAUCAAUGGAAUGCGUGAAUGGCGGGAUGAAGAGACGGGACAAGGCACAACUAUCUUCCUAGGAUACACAUCAAACCUCAUUUCCUCGGGUCUGCGCGAGACUCUCCGGUGGUUGGUCCAGCACAAGCAUGUUUCAGCCAUUGUCACUACUGCUGGAGGCGUUGAGGAGGACUUUAUCAAGUGUCUGGCUCCGACAUAUCUUGGUGCCUUUUCUACGGCCGGAGCAUCCUUGAGAGCCAAGGGUAUGAACAGAAUUGGUAAUCUGGUCGUGCCGAACAGCAAUUACUGCGCUUUCGAAGACUGGGUGGUACCAAUUUUCGACAAGAUGCUGGAAGAACAAGAGGCAUCAAAGGACACCGAGGAGCCCAUCAACUGGACUCCUAGUAAGAUGAUCAACAGACUUGGAAAAGAGAUCAACGACGAGAGCUCUGUAUACUACUGGGCAUGGAAGAACGACAUUCCCGUGUUCUGUCCGGCCAUAACGGAUGGAAGUUUGGGCGACAUGUUGUACUUCCACACAUUCAAGGCUUCACCACUGCAGCUGCGUGUGGAUAUUGUGGAAGAUAUCCGCAAGAUCAACACAAUCGCAGUCAGAGCUAAGCGUGCAGGCAUGAUCAUCCUAGGAGGAGGCAUAGUCAAACACCACAUCGCCAAUGCUUGUCUCAUGCGCAAUGGAGCAGAAAGCGCCGUCAUCAUCAACACAGGCAACGAGUUUGACGGAAGCGACGCGGGCGCACGACCAGAUGAAGCCGUCAGCUGGGGCAAGAUCAAGAUCGACGGCGAGAGCGUAAAAGUCUACGCCGAGGCGACGGUUGUGUUCCCUAUGAUCGUUGCAUCGACAUUCGCCAAGGUGGCUUGA